AUGGAGUCCGCCUCUGUACCAUCUAAUGAACAUGCUUCUACAACCGGGUCUAAUGCUAAUUCUUCAUCUGUGAGGGUGAAAUGUGAUCCUGCAUGGGAUCAUGUAACUGAAGAGUUGAAAGAUGGAAAAAGUAGUUAUAGAUGUAUACAUUGUGGGAAAACUUAUAAAGGAGGGGGCAUUAAUCGGAUGAAAAGACAUUUAGCUGAAAUUAAAGGUGAUGUGGCUGCAUGUAUGGGUGUACCUUAUGAUGUUAGGUUUCAAAUGGUUGAGAAUUUGAAGGAAAUUUCAAAAUCUAAAGAACAAACAAAAAAGGAUCAAGAAGCAUCUAAUUAUUCGCCAUUAAAGGACUCACCAGAAUUUGAAGAUGUCCAAGAAAUUACUCCUAGAGGAAUUAUUUUUAUACAUUCUAUUGAUGCUUCUGACUUGGUUAAGAAUGCUAUUAAUUUGAGUAACUUGUUUGAUGAAAUUGUUAAUUGGGUUGGUCCUGCAAAUAUAGUACAUUUGGUCACUGACAAUGCUGCAAAUUAUGUAGCUGCUGGAAGAAUUUUAUAUGGAAAAUAUAGGAACAUUAGUUGGUCACCUUCUGCAGCACAUUGCCUAAACCUAAUUUUUAAGGAGAUUGGGAAGAUGGAUCAUGUAGCUAAACUUGCAAAGCAUGCAUCCAAGAUCACUAUGUUCAUCUAUAACCAUAUGGCUUUGCAAGCUUGGUUGAGGACUAGAAAAAAUUGGACGGAAAUUGUGCGUCUAAGGCCAACUAGGUUUGCUACUACUUUCAUUGCCUUAGGGAGUCUUAAGGAACAUAAGCAUGACUUACAAGCAUUGGUGACUAGCAAAUUUUAUGUUGAAUCAAGAUAUGCAAAAGAUAAGAAAGCAAAGGCAGUGGUGAAAAUCAUUCUUGACAAUCAAUUUUGGAAUGAUUGUCAAGUAAUUGUGCAUAUUAUGUCACCAUUGAUUCGUUUAUUACGCAUUGUUGAUUCUGAUGAAAAACCAACUAUGGGUUAUGUAUAUGAUGGCAUAGAUAUUCAUGCUACUGCUUAUUGGUUGAAUCCUGCAUUCCAAUAUGACUCAUCCACUCUUAAUAAGAGGCUAGAGACACAAUCUGCUAUGAUAGAUGUUAUUGAAUCAAAAGUUUCAGUUGGUCAGUUGAAAGUCAUAAGGAAGAAGUUCAAUUUUGAUCCUAUUGAUUAUGCAAGUAUCGAUAAAACUGAAUUUUGGGUAGUGGAAGAUAAGGAACCUCCAUUUCUGGAUCAUGAGGAGAUAGAGAAUGCAUUAUAUGAAGAGGGAGCCUAUCCAAUUGAAGAAGGGUCUUCUAGCUAUGUACAUAGAGAUAUGGACAAUAAAGUGAUUAAGGAUGAUGAUGACAUUAAUUUGGAAUCAUUUGGUGAUGAAGAUGAUGCUCCUCCCGGAUUUAGAGAUAAAAAUCAUCCUAUUCAUGUUGAAGAUGAAGAAAAUGAGGAUGAGGAUGAUGAUAAUGAUGCUAGUGGUGGAGCAUUUGGUUCACAUGAUGAUAUUGAUUUCAAUUUUCUUCAUAACAAAUGA